AUGACGGAUACAGCUAGAACCCAUCACGAUGUCACAAGCCGAGACAGAGACAGAGACCAGUAUUCGAUGAUUGGCAGAGACCGAGACCAGUAUUCUAUGAUGGGCCGAGACCGAGACCAGUACAACAUGUCUGGCCAAGACUACUCCAAGUCUAGGCAGGUUGCUAAAGCUGUUACGGCAGUUACCGCUGGUGGGUCCCUACUUGUCCUCUCCAGUCUCACCCUUGUUGGAACGGUCAUUGCUUUGACUGUUGCUACUCCUCUGCUUGUAAUCUUUAGCCCUAUCCUUGUCCCCGCUCUCAUCACUGUCGCAAUGCUCAUCACCGGCUUUCUCUCCUCUGGUGGAUUUGGUAUUGCAGCUAUAACCGUCUUCUCUUGGAUCUACAAGUAUGCAACGGGAGAGCACCCACAGGGGUCAGAUAAGCUGGACAGUGCAAGGAUGAAGCUGGGAGGCAAAUUUCAAGAUAUGAAGGACAGAGCUCAGUACUAUGGACAACAACAUACAGGUGGCUAUGGGCAACAGCAUACAGGUGGCUAUGGACAACAGCAUACAGGUGGGGAACACGACCGUGACCGUACCCGAGGAACACAGCACACUACCUAA